AUGGAGGUAUUAGUAGUUGAACAAUUCCCGAAACAGAAAGCAAAUAUCGAAAAAAAUUAUUUAACAAUGCAAAAAGUCAAAUCAAAAAUUAAUACAAACUUAGUAAAAAAUGAAAACAUUCCAAAUAAAUGCACAUCAAAUAUAGAUGAAGCUAUAUUGCGAUGGGAUAAACUGAUGUCAAAAAUGAAGGUAACUAGCAAUGACCAGAAAAUUACCACCGCUGAGACUAAGAUUAACAAUUACAAUAACGUGUUGAUGUCAGAUGUAAAUAAUAGAUGCAAACGAAAUGUUAUUUCAUCAAAUACUAAUGACCUUGAGCCAUUAAAGGCUGAAAUGGAAAAAAUGAACAACCACAUUGAACAGUUAAAUAACAAAUUAAAUACAGUCACGGUAGAGUUGUCAAAUGAGAAAAAUACUAAUAUUGAGUUAAUGAAGUCAGUUACAUCUACUUUGGAUAAGUAUCAGAAUCUUGAGUUGGAACAGAAAACACGAGAAGAAUUAUGCUAUAAACAAUUAUUGGAUUCAAAUACUAAAGAAUUAGAAACUGUUACGAAUGAAAGAAACGAUCUUCUUAAACGUUUAGAAAAGUCAGAGGUUGAAUUAGAUAAUGCAAAUAAAAAAAUUCAAAUCUUAUUAGAAAAAACCGAUGAUGAUGAAUAUGCAGAAAAAAUUAAGGAAAUGGAAGAUGAGCAAUUAGAAUGGAAAACAUAUCAAGUACAUCUGGAAAAUCAAAUUGCUGAAAAUUAUAAAGCACUUAAUCGCAAAGAACAGUACAUCCAGCACCAAGAUUACUUGAUCGAAAAUUUGACACAAGAAAAACUGAGUUUGGAAACACGGUUGAAUAAGCCAAUUUUAGAAUUACAAUCACAAAGAUCGGAAGAAAUAGAAAAAUAUCAAAAAGAAAUAAGACAACUGACUGCGAUCAUAGCAGAUACGGAGAAAACGCUGGAGGCAACUAAAGAGUCGCAUAAUAAAGAAAUGCUAGAAAUGAGGGAUCGUCUUAGAAAAUUGGAGAAACUAAUAAUUACCAAAACCGAUCUGAUUCAUCAACAAAACAUGACAUUAAAGUUAAUGAGGGAAAUAACUCCGACAACGAACGAUAAUUCGAUUAUGACACACAGAUGGCCAUAA